GUGGGAGUCAACCGUUAAAUUAAAACUAUAAAAACUUAAUCGACUCGCGGAUUUCUCAACAUCUCAAUUAUGGGUUUCAACAAAAAGCUUUGCUUUACCCUUAUUAUUUCAACCCUUUUAACACUUUCAGUAGCAGAAGACUUGAAGAUUUACAUCAAAGGGGCAACCUCCAUCGCUAGUACUGACGAUGACUUCGUUUGUGUAACUCUGGAUUGGUGGCCCAGCAACAAAUGCAAUUACAAUCAGUGUGUAUGGCGAACAGCUGGCCUCUUCAACCUUGAUUUGAACAACACGAUUCUUGCCAAUGCUAUAAAGGCAUUCGGGUCCUUGAGAAUUAGAAUUGGAGGUUCAUUACAAGACCAGUUGGUGUACAAAGUAGGGAACAAUAUCAAGAAGUGCCCUCAUUUCAAGAGAACAGACAAGGGUUUGUUUGGAUUCAGCAGAGGAUGUCUCACCAUGAAAAGAUGGGACGAACUUAUUAACUUGUUUAACCGAACAGGUGUUGUACUUACAUUCGGAUUGAAUGCUCUUUAUGGGAGGAAAGAGUCUAAAACCAGUAAGGGUCUUUGGGUUGGUGAUUGGAACCCACGGAAUGCCCGUGAUCUCAUUGCCUACACCGCUCAGAAAGGAUUCAAAAUCGAUGGAUAUGAAUUAGGAAACGAGCUCUGUGGAUCUGGAGUAUCGGCAAGGGUAGAUGUUGAGCAGUAUGGCAAAGACAUGAUAGCACUGAAGAAACUUAUCCAAGAGAUUUACCCUGACCCCGAGCAGCAGCCAAAGGUUAUGGGCCCUGGUGGCUUCUUUGACCAGAAGUGGUUCACAAAGUUCCUUGAGGUCACGGGCCCUGACGUCGUGGAUGGUUUAACCCACCAUAUCUACAAUCUUGGACCUGGUGAUGAUUCUCAUCUCAUCGACAAGAUUCAGGAUCCCUUUUACCUGAGUCAAAUAGCUCAGACUUACAAUGACUUGGAGAGGGUCAUCACGGAAUUUGGACCAUGGGCAGAAGCUUGGGUUGGGGAAUCUGGUGGAUCUUGGAACAGUGGUGGCAAAGAUGUCUCAAGCACCUUUGCUGAUGGCUUUUGGUACCUAGACCAACUGGGCAUGACAUCGACUUUCAACCACAAGGUUUUCUGCAGACAGGCUCUUGUUGGGGGAAACUAUGCACUGCUUGACAGCCCAACAUUCAUACCAAAACCUGAUUAUUAUGGUGCUCUGCUGUGGCAUCGUUUGAUGGGAAGAGUUGUGCUCUCUACAACCCACCAAGGAUCUCCGUAUCUGCGUGUAUAUUCUCAUUGUGCAAAGCGCAAGCCAGGGAUUACUCUGAUUUUCAUUAACUUGGAGAAAUGGAAAUCUUUCAACAUUAGCCUUUUCAAUGAUGAAAACCUGUAUAUGAAUGUCAAGUCUCCCGAUGCCGAUUUUAAGGGUUACAAGCCAAGGGAAGAGUACCAUUUGACUCCAAAAGACGGCAACAUCCAGAGUGAUGUGAUGCUGCUGAAUGGUACUCCAUUGAAGCUCACAGAGUCGUUGGAUAUCCCUAAAAUGGAACCAAAGCAUGUGGAUGCUUCUGCUCCAAUCACUGUUGCGCCUCAGUCGAUUGUGUAUGUUACAGUGAAAGACUUUCAUGCCCCUGUCUGUGCUUAGAUGAUCAAUUUCUUGUGUCUUCUUUGUCUAGCUGUAAAUGUCAGGUUAAUGGUUUUUGUAGUUGUGAAUAAGAAUUUCUGUCAUAUCUUUUGUCCGGUCUUCAUAAAACUGUGAAUAAGAAGUUCUAUUAAGG